UAGAAAGCGAGGCGAGUGGGCGGGGUAGGGAGGAUUCUGCCCAGGCCAAUGAGUGAUGCCGGGACGGGUGACGUCACAGCCAAUGGACAGCCAGCGCGGGACUUUCAAUUAUCGCCCCGCCCGAUCGGAAGAAGACGGUGCCUAUAAAGAGUGCGGCGGCGGGCCGAGGCCCCGUUACUCUCGCUGCCGCUGCGCUGGUGAGUUGGUGUUUUGGUUCGCUAUGGCCCGUACAAAGCAGACCGCCCGCAAGUCGACCGGCGGCAAGGCCCCGCGGAAGCAGCUGGCCACCAAGGCGGCCCGCAAGAGCGCGCCCGCCACGGGCGGCGUGAAGAAGCCGCACCGCUACCGGCCGGGCACCGUGGCCCUGCGGGAGAUCCGGCGCUACCAGAAGUCCACCGAGCUGCUGAUCCGCAAGCUGCCGUUCCAGCGGCUGGUGCGCGAGAUCGCGCAGGACUUCAAGACGGACCUGCGCUUCCAGAGUUCGGCCGUGAUGGCGCUGCAGGAGGCGAGCGAGGCCUACCUGGUGGGGCUGUUCGAGGACACGAACCUGUGCGCUAUCCACGCCAAGCGCGUCACUAUCAUGCCCAAGGACAUCCAGCUGGCCCGCCGCAUCCGCGGGGAGCGGGCUUAAAGUGCGCGCUCGGCUCGAGGUUCCAUCCCAUCCAAAGGCUCUUUUCAGAGCCACCCAC